UGUAUUUAUUUAGUAUUCAAAAUCUAUUUAUCUUUUGAUGUUUGCAUGAUUACUCAUUUCUUUUGCCUGCACUAACACCAUCUGACUGUUUUCAAGGCCUGCAUUUAAAAUAAAAUUUAUAAAAAAAAAAACCAAAUACAAAAAAAUCCCAACUUUUGUCAAUCACCCUCGGUCCCUUCAAAGUCCACCGUAUCACUUCAAUUCAUAAGAACCCUAGAAUUCGAUUCUCAAAUUGUUCAUCCAAUUGAUGCCUGCAUUGUUUCAGUGCCAUGCCGAUCUUCCUGAAUUGCUAAAUUGCAGGUUUCCAUGUUCCGAUUGAAAUGGUCUGUAGGAGCUACAGCACUGGAAAUGACGUUUUCUUUGUAUUCCUGACUCAACAUUCUUCGCAAUGCAAUUAGUAUCAAAUGAUAGUCGCAAGGAAGAUAUUACAGAAUGUGAACCCAUCUUAUGUCAGUCGGACAUUUCACAGAGACCCACAGAAUCUUCAUCCUCAUGUGAAAUUACAGCUGUGCAAGGUGAUUUUGCUGCUAAUGAUGAAGAGUCACAAAAUCUGGACGUCGAUGAAAAUUCGAAGUUGGUGAAUCCCGAGCACCCACAAUGCCGUAUUUGCCUUGAUACUGAAGAAGGGGAAGACUUAAUUGCUCCAUGCCAUUGCAGAGGUACUCAGAAGCAUGUCCAUAGAUCAUGUCUUGAUAAUUGGAGGUCAACAAAGGAGGGCUUUGCUUUUGCUCAUUGUACAGAAUGCAGGGCAGUGUUCAUAUUACGAGCAAAUGUCCCUCCUGACCGCUGGUGGUUGAGAUUGAAAUUCCAGUUCCUUGUUGCGAGAGACCAUGCAUUUAUUUUCAUUAUCGUGCAGCUGAUUGUGGCAUUCUUGGGAGUGAUGGUAUACAAAUUAUAUGGAGAUGAACUAAGGGAGAUGUUUGGUUACGAGGAGCACCCAUAUGGGUUUUACACUAUGGCUGUUUUAGCUAUUGUUUUGGUGGGGUUGCUUUACGGCUUCUUCAUAGCCAUAAUAUGUGGACAGAGAAUCAAUGAACGGCAUUACCAUGUUCUUGCCAAACAAGAAUUAACAAAGGAAUAUGUUGUAGAAGACCGAGAAAAUAAUAAGAAUGCCCCCGAGUUAGACCCCAGCCAUGUGACAGAGCUAAGAAUGUUGGGCCUUUAUUAGUUGGAAGUAUUUGUUCUGCAGAUUGUCUCGUCCUGUUUUCCUAUGCUUUGUAAUAUUUCCCAGUGAGAGUGGAAAGCUACAUUUUCCUGUCAGCUUCUUAUAUUAGCCAAACACCACCUUCUGCACUCCUGCAUCUUGUGGCGGCACUUCUUUACGCAUCCUUAAGCCAGGCACUACAGUUUCCCAUAUAUUUUCUUCCGGGUCCUGCUUUCCUAUGGCUGUGUCAUUUAUAUGCAGCAUCUGGAGUUUUAACUCGGCAAUGAACUUGAAAAACAGUCGUUUCUCCUCACCAGCUAUAUGGAACCGAUCAACGAGCAUUGUCUGUGCUGUCUAACUGAACAGCAACAACAAGAGUGGUUUGUCUUCACAAAGUAGUAUACCUGUAUGUUCAUUUAUAAGUACAAAUAAAAUACUUACAAUUUCUACAGAGCAGAAAACCACUGUUUAUACGUUUUCUGCAUCAAGUGUGCAUCUCUCUCAUUCUUUGUUUUUUGUUUUUGGGAGGGGGUAGAGAGAUUUCAAGAAUACGGUAUUAAUUGUAUCAAGAUCUUGUUCUUCCUGUUUGGACAAUGUUGUAAUUCAAUUCCCAGUGUUAUAUAAAAUUCUUUUCUCUUUGCA